AUCUGAGUUCUAAAUAGCCCCCAAUUCUUUCACACUCUUCACUCCACUAUUGUACCUUCUUCAAUUUCAUGCUCUUCUUCUUCUUCUUCUUCUAGGAUCCAAAAAUGAAGGAUUCUCACGAGUGUUCCAACUCAAACGCAAUCGAACCUGCUGUUUUUCAAGAAGCUAGAAAAGUUGGGCCAAAUAGGAGAGCUUUGGGUGUGAUUAACCAGAAUAUGAUACCUAACAAGAGGGCUGUAUCAGAAAGAAAUGAAGUUCUUGACAAGAAACAAGUGGAUCCUGUUCAUAGACCCAUCACUAGGAGGUUUGCGGCGAAAAUUGCUAGCACGCAAAAAGUUAAGGCUGAGGGGACUAACAAAAGGUCAAACUUGACAAAUUCAAAUGGAUUUGGAGAAUGUAUAUUUGUGGAUGAUGAACAUAAGCUGGUGGAAGACCAGCCAGUGCCAAUGGCUUUAGAGAAAACAGAACCGCGAAACGAAUCAGAUCAGAUGGAUGAAGUUGAGAUGGAGAUGGAGGAUAUGAUGGAAGAGCAUGUUUUGGACAUUGACAUUUCGGAUGCAAAUGACCCUCUUGCAGUUGCUGAAUAUGUUGAAGAUCUUUAUGCUUACUACAGAAAAGUUGAGAGUACUGGCUGUGUCUCACCUGAUUACAUGGCUGAGCAAUUUGACAUUAAUGAAAGGAUGAGGGCCAUACUGAUUGACUGGCUUAUUGAGGUGCAUGAUAAAUUUGACCUCGUGCAUGAGACAUUGUUUCUCACAGUUAAUCUUAUAGACAGAUUUUUGGAAAAGCAAUCAGUGGUAAGAAAGAAGCUUCAGCUGGUUGGUCUAGUGGCAAUGCUUUUGGCAUGCAAGUAUGAGGAAGUUUCUGUGCCUGUGGUUGGAGAUUUAAUUCUUAUAUCAGACAGAGCAUACACUAAGAAAGAAGUUCUUGAAAUGGAGAAGUUGAUGGUCAACACAUUGAAGUUUAACAUAUCCGUGCCAACAGCAUACGUUUUCAUUAGAAGGUUCCUAAAGGCAGCUCAAGCAGACCGAAAACUUGAGCUGCUAGCCUUCUUCUUGGUAGAGCUAUCUCUAGUAGAAUAUGCUAUGUUGAAGUUCCCUCCUUCUCAACUAGCUGCAGCUGCUGUCUAUACUGCUCAAUGUGCUACCUAUGGUUUCAAACAGUGGAGUAAGACAUGUGAAUGGCACACCAACUACUCAGAAGAUCAACUAUUAGAGUGCUCUAGUUUAAUGGUUGAUUUUCACAAGAAGGCUGGGACAGGGAAACUUACGGGGGCACAUCGGAAGUAUUGCACAUCAAAAUUUAUCUUUACUGCAAAAUGUGAACCAGCAAGUUUUCUUCUAGAGAACUAGUUGUAGCAGGCUAUUAAUUAUUACAAACAUUUAACUUUAAUAUAAUUGAGUUAAGGAUGGGAUGUGAGCAACUUGUUGGGUUGUUGCAAUGGGAAAUCCCCUUUAAUAUAAUUGAGUUGAGGAUGUGAUGUGAGCAACUUGUUGGGUUGCAUUGCAAGGGCUUGGUGUUUUAACUUAUUUUCUCAAGUUACUUCUAAUGUAAUUUACAACUGUACUUUUGAUGUUCCCAUUGAACAUAAUAAUGGAAAUAUAUAUAGAAAGUUCUCAAUAA